CAGAGGGACCCAGCACCUGCCCCAACACCUGGAUUUCCUCCCAGCUCUGGGUGGGGAGCAAGGUCUGGUGUGUUAGAGAGAAAUACCUUGGGACCAGGACACCUGGGUUCUAGGCACAGCAUUCUGAUCUUUCUAGGGGAGGGGGUUGUUCCCUGGUAUACAGCUUGUCCCAGCCCCUAAGUCCCUCCUGCCUUGAGGGGAACCUGGCUUCUGGGCAAGAAUGUGCUGAUCCAACCCAAGGGGAAAGGGCUGCAGCUGGUAACCGGAUCCUGGGAUCAGAGCUAAAUAUAGCACCUCCCCACCCCCACCCCAGCCUGGGAGCCAGGCAAAGGGCUGCUGGGCACUCCCAGGGCAAAGGGAUCAGGGACAAGGGUCCGCCAAAGACCUUGUCACAUUUUCCAGUGUGGCUAUGCAAGAAUCCCCAGCAGGGGGUUGACACAGCUGGGCACAAGGUGCCCGGGGCAUGACCCCCAGACACCUGGGUUCCUUCCCAGCUUUGGAAGGGGAGUGGGAUGUGGUGGGUAGGACCAGGUGGUGGUGCUGGGAGCCAGGACACCUGAUCUACCCUGGCUCUGAGAGUGGAUCGGGGUCUUUUGGGAUUCUGUCCUGCAUCUGGGAAUGGGGAGGGGGGAGGAUUGGAUUGGGGUUGGGUUGUGAACCAAGACUCCUGGAUUCUGCCCAGGUGUUGGCCAAAGUGGCAAGUGCAAAGCCAGCAUACAUGGAAACGCACACACCACACCCUCCCCUCCCCCACCCUACCACAACACACUGAAAGGGCCUGGCAGAAACACAUGGCCUUAUGGGCAGUGUCUGCUGGGGAUGGAGGGGGUCACUGUGGGUUUGAGCUUGGUACAAUAGCCUCAUGGCUGCCCUGAGUUCCCUGGGGAAGGCUGGAAACGGGGAGUCCCUUCAGAUCAGGGCUUCGUCCCCAACCCACCAGCACCCUUCCGAGGGGGGAGGGCUGAGUUUAGGGACCCUGAGAGUUGGGAGGACUGCUCCCUCCACUAGGGCAGGCAUCCCACUCCCCCCAUGCCCUGGCCUCUUCCUCCAUACUCUAUCCCUGCCCCUUGCACUAGGCCAUGCCCCCUAUGGUGGGCCCUACCCCCAUGAUUCCAACCCCGCCAUCCCCUAAACUAGGCAAGCCCUUCUUCAUGCCAUAUCCCCCUAUGCUAGACCCUGCCCCCUAUGCCAGACCCCGCCCCCAUGUCAGGCCCGCCCCAUGCCACCUCCCUGCCCCAGGUGAUAAGCAAAGGGUACAGGGAAGGACUGUUCAAGGUGGAGCAGACUGUUUUCCUUGGCAGGGCAGCCCUAGCCCGCACCUUCCCCCCCGCAGCCCCUGACCCUGGGCAGGGGGAGCUGUCCUCCCCCCUACUCCACACACUCUCUGCUCCUCCCCCCCACCAUGAGCUCAGGCCCCAGCCCUGACUCAGGCUGCACCCUAGGGCUCUGGGUGGGGUCCUGAGAUCCUGCUGGGCCGGUUCUGCCAGGGUGGGGCCAGUUCGCAGGCAGGGCCCCUGACAGCUGCCUCCUGCCUCUGGGCCUGUGGGUGCCGCCAGCUGGGCCCUGGCACUUGCACACGUGGCUCCACAGCCCCAGCCAGGGAGAGUGGGGGGGCUGCCUGGCACCAUGACCAGCAUCAAGAGGCAGGACCAGGCCUGGAUCCCCAAACUCUUCAAGAAGAAAACCUGCACAUCAUUUGUGGAGGCACCUCCAGCCCCGGGAGCCCCUUCCAUGUGCCAGUGUGGGAACCCCAGGGACAAGCACGUCUCGGUGGCUGUGGAAGAUGCCUUUGGCGCCUCCAUUGUCAGCAAAUGGGACUCAGCUCAACACACCACAGAACAGCCCACUGAUGCCUAUGGAGAGGUGGAGUUCGUGGGCACCCGGGGCAAGCCCAGCAAGUUCAUCCGCGUGUCAGACUGCACGGACCCUGCAGCCGCCUACAGCUUGGUAACCUGCUGCUGGAAGAUCCCCCCUCCCAACCUGGUGGUGUCAGUGGUGGGGGGUGACAAUGACAUUGCCAUCCGGACCCAGGUGAAGGACAUGCUGCGCAAGGGGUUGGUCAAGGCAGCACAGAGCACAGGUGCCUGGAUCAUGACCGGGGGGCUUCAGGCUGGGAUUGGGCGCUACGUGGGGGAGGCCGUGCGGGAUCAUGCCACAGCCAGCACCAGCCCCAGUGCCCGUGUUGUGGCCAUGGGCAUCGCCCCCUGGGGCAUGGUUGCCAACCAGGACCAGCUAAUCAACCCCAAGGGCUCAUUCCCUGCCCGGUAUGUCCGGCCCCUGCCCACCCCCGAGGCCACCUGCACAGCCCUGCCCCUGGACAGCAACCACUCGGCCUUCUUCCUGGUGGAUAAUGGGACCCACGGGCACCCAGGGGGCCAGAACCGCUUCCGCACCCGCCUGGAGGGACACAUUGCCCAGCAGUGUGUGGGCACCAGCGGACAGGGCAGCAUCCAGAUCCCUGUGCUGGUGAUGCUCAUCGGGGGUGAUGCCUCCAUGUUCACGCGUGUGUUGGAGGCUGUCCAGGCAUCCAUCCCCUGCCUGCUGGUGGGGGGCUCUGGGGGAGUGGCUGAUUGCCUAGCCCAGGUGCUGGCUGAGACCCAGCCUGGGGAGCCCGUGCGGGCACUGGCACAGGAGAAGAUGCAAGACCGUUUCCCGCCCAACGACCUGCUACAUCUGGCCGAGCAGGUGGAGAACAUCAUGGCGCUGCGGGACCUCGUCACUGUCUACUCUGAUGAGGAGGGGAUGGACGAAUUUGAGACCAUCCUGCUUAAGGCACUGGUGAAAGCCUGCCGGCACACUAGCGAAGCCACCCAGUACCUGGACGAGCUGCGCCUGGCUGUGGCCUGGAACCGGGUGGACAUCGCCAGCUCCGAGCUUUUCCAAGCUGAUGUCCACUGGAAGCCCUCCCUGCUGGUAGACCCUAUGCGUGAUGCGCUGCUGGGGGACCGCCCAGAGCUGGUGCGCCUCCUGGUAGAAAAUGGAUUGGACGCAAGCGAGUUCUUGACCUGGGGGCGCCUGGAGGAGCUGUACAGGGGUGCCCCUGAGACCUCGCUGCUGUGCCAGCUCCUGGAGCGGCGCCAGGGGAGCACUGAGCCCCCACCCUCCCACUAUUUGCCCCUGGGCACGCGUCCCCAUGAUAGCCGCCUGCCCCAGGUGGCUCGCAUCCUGCGAGAGCUUCUGGGAGAUGCCUGCACUCCCUUUUAUGCUGCUGCUGGGCACAAGGGGGCUGGGCAUAAAGGGGCCGUGGAGGACAGGGACCCCCUGUACUACAGCCAGCAGUCCCCAAACCCCUGGACUGACCUCUUCAUCUGGGCCUUGCUGCUGAACAGGGGCGAGAUGGCCAUGUAUUGCUGGGAGAUGGCCCCAGAUGCAGUGGCGGGGGGGCCGGGCGGCUGCCUCAUCCUGCGGCAGCUCUCGCACCUGGAGCAGGAGGCACAGGAAGCUGCGGCCAUGAAGGAACUGGCGGCCAAGUUUGAGGGGUUGGCGAUAGGCAUGGUGGGUGAGUGCUACCGGAGCAGCGAGCACUGGGUCCUGCAGCUCCUGGUGCGUCGUUCCUGCCUCUGGGGUGGUGCCACCUGCCUCCAGCUCGCCCGCCAGGCUGAUGCCCGCAGCUUCUUUGCCCAUGAUGCUGUGCAGGUGCUGCUCACCCAGAACUGGUGGGGUGAGAUGAACCGGGGCACCCCUGUGUGGCAGCUGCUGCUCACCUUCUUCUGCCCUCCGCUCAUAUUCACCAACCUCAUCACCUUCCGCAGGUCGACGGAGGAGGAAGGGUCCCCAGAGCCCCUCGGCACUAUGGAGCUGAACAGCAUAGAUGUUAAUGAAAAAUCCUCCAUGAGGGGCAGCCUGGAGGGGCCAGAUGUGGUGGGGAGCCCCGCAACCCAAUGUGAUAGUAAGGACUGGCUGCAGCGAUGGCACUGGUUCUGGGGGGCACCAGUGACCACCUUCCUGGGCAACGUGGUGAUGUACCUGUUCUUCCUGCUGCUCUUCGCCUAUGUGCUGCUGCUGGACUUCGCGCCACCCCCACCCGAAGGCCCCCACGGCCCUGAAGUCCUGCUCUACCUGUGGGUCUUCAGCCUGCUAUGUGAGGAGCUGCGCCAGGGCUGCUUUGCUGGGCACCAGCCCCUGCCCCAGCGCAUCUGUGCCUACUUGAGUGACUCCUGGAACCAGCUUGAUCUCACCGCACUGCUCCUCUUCCUCAUGGGUGCCAUAUGCCGGAUGUCCUCCUGGACAUACGAGUCUGGGCGCACGGUGCUCUGCCUCGACUUCAUGGUCUUCACCCUGCGACUCAUCCACAUCUUCGCUGUCAACAAGAACCUGGGCCCCAAACUCAUCAUCGUGGGCAAGAUGGUGAAGGAUGUCUUCCUGUUCCUCUUCUUCCUGGCUGUGUGGCUGGUAGCCUAUGGGGUGACCACGGAGGGGCUGUUGCAUCCACAUGACCAGCGCCUGCCCUGGAUCUUCCGCCGUGUCUUCUACCGCCCCUACCUGCAGAUCUUCGGCCAGAUCCCCCAGGAAGAGAUGGAUGCGGCCCUGAUGAAGGCCACCAACUGCACAGGGAGUGCGGCGGAGGACUGUGCCAGCACCUAUGCCAACUGGCUGGUGCUGGUUCUCCUUGUUGUCUUCCUCCUCGUCGCCAACAUCCUGCUGCUCAACCUUCUCAUCGCCAUGUUCAGCUACACCUUCUCUAAGGUGCAGGGCAACAGUGAUAUCUACUGGCGGUCACAGCGCUACAGCCUGAUCCUGGAGUACCUCAGUCGUCCUGCCCUGGCGCCCCCCUUCAUCCUGCUCAGCCAUUUGUACACCCUGCUGCGCCCCCGCACCCGCUGCUCCCGCAGCCGGCACUUCUCACUGGAGCUAUCUGAGGAGCAGGAUGGGCAGCUGCUUACAUGGGAGGCGGUGCAGAAGGAGAACCACCUGGUAGCACUGAGGCGCCAGAAACGUGAGAGUGACACCGAGCGCCUGAAACGCACCUCCCAGAAGAUGGACCAGGCCUUGAAACAGCUGGCUGAGAUCCGGGAGUCAGAGCGGCACCUCAAAUCCCUGGAGAACCAGAAUGACCCACUCCCCCAACUCUGCCUGGACCAGUGA